GGGGGCGAGCCCUAAAUCUUCCUGCCUUGUGCUCCAACCUGUGCAUCCAACCCAGAGAGCCUCUGAACGAACCUCAGGACCCGAUUCUGAGGAGUUGCGUUUUCUUCUCUCGUUUCCCGUACGCCCCCAAAAUUUCGCCCCCUCCUGUGCCCUCUUCGCCCCCCUCUUUUGGGGGCCCUGUGACCCUGAAUGUCGGGGGCACACUCUAUUCCACCACUUUGGAGACCCUGACUCGCUUCCCAGACUCCAUGCUGGGGGCCAUGUUUAGGGCCGGCACCCCCAUCCCCCCCAACCUCAACUCCCAGGGAGGUGGCCACUACUUCAUCGACCGAGAUGGCAAAGCCUUCCGGCACAUCCUCAAUUUCCUGCGGCUGGGCCGCCUGGACCUGCCCCGUGGGUAUGGGGAGACGGCCCUUCUCAGGGCAGAGGCAGACUUCUACCAGAUCCAGCCCCUCCUGGAUGCCCUGCGGGAGCUGGAGACCUCUCGGGGGACCCCCGUGCCCACAGCCGCCCUGCUCCAUGCAGAUGUCGAUGCCAGCCCCCGCCUGGUGCACUUCUCCGCUCGCCGGGGGCCACACCACUAUGAGCUGAGUUCUGCCCAGGUGGAUACCUUCCGGGCCAACAUCUUCUGCACCGACCCCGAGUGCCUGGGUGCCAUGCGGGCCCGAUUCGGUGUGGCCAGUGAGGACAGGGCAGAGGGAGGCCCGCACUUCCGCCUGGAGUGGGCCCCGUGUCCCGCGGAGCUCCCCGAAGUGGAGUACCGGAGACUAGGUCUGCAGCCUCUGUGGACUAGAGGGCCUGGAGGGCUCCGGGAGGUGGUGGGCACGCCGGGCUUCCUGGAGGAGGUGCUGCGGGUGGCUCUGGAGCACGGCUUCCGCCUAGACUCCGUCUUCCCUGACCCCGAAGACCUGCUCAACUCCCGAUCUCUGCGCUUUGUGCGGCACUGAGGACACAGCCCUCCCUGGGGAGGGAGAGAACGGACAGCAAAGGGAAUGAAAUCUCCGCCCCCGCCCCCACAGCCUCUUCUUAGCUUUGCUUCUGGAGCUGUGAGGGUCAGGGCUGCCCCUGACUGGAGCCCAGAUGCGGGCAGGAACUCCCGAACCUGAACCCGAUGGGGCUCACAACCCAUGUGAAGGGUUUGGCUUGGUGCUAAUCCUGGGAGGCCGAGAAAGAGUCCCCGGCUUACUCUUGCCCGAGGCUGGGGGCCUCCAGUGUCUCCUUGCUGGAGCUCAGUAUUCAAGGGUUAGAGAAGUAGGGACACCUCUCUGCCCGGCUAGGCCUAGCAGAACGCUGGGGGGACACUGAAGUGUGGGAGAAAGGGGAACUUUGAAUUGCUCUGAUGUGGCCUCCUGGACUGUGGCCUCUGCAGCUGAUGGCCUGGCCAGGCCUGACUGAAGACAGACCAGAACAUUCUGGAAUAUGGGGAGGGGAUCCUUUGGUCUGUCUCAAGUCACCUACUGAGGGAGAAAGGAAGGCUACGCCCGACCCUAGGUUGGCCCAAGGGAGGGAGGAGAAUCCCCAUUUACUAUGGGCCCAGAGCCCCAUACUCUAGAAAGCCAUGUUUUUAAAGGACCCUCUAUUGAUGGUGGAGCUGGCCUUUGGGAAGAGGGUGGCAUCUUCUUGGCCUUGGCCUGCCUGCCUUCAUGGGUGCACGCUGACGUGUCGGCCAGCAGGUCUGAGCCACGGGUGGGCCUGUGACAUCCGGCCUCCCGUCUGUGUGCUGAUCUCUCCGUGGUCUCUGCCUGCCCAGGCCUGUUUGGGGUUGCCUAGCAACUGCUUUGGCUCCGGGUAUGUCUGCCGUAUGGGUGUGAGUGAGAAUUAGUAGUUGAAUCACAAGGGUGUGUGUGUGUGUGUGUGUACGUGCAUGCAUGUGUGCGUGCGUUGGAAGGAGGGGCCUGGGGAGGUCCGAGUCACCAGGACCUUCCUGGUGAGAGGUGUGGGAAGUCACUGGGCCCAGCUGGCCCUUUGAGGCCUGUAUAGAACUCUUGGUUGCUAAGGCAACGUGGGCAUGUUGCUAGGAGAUAGCUGGGAAGGCCCAAGGCUGCCCAGGGCAGAGGGGAGAUGAACAGAGGAGGGGCGGGAGAGUUGGGGGGAGGAUGUGGGAAUGGAUGGGAUUUCUGGGUCCCCGAGGGAUGGGAUCCUCAUGCACAACGUCUUCACUGGAGGACUCACUCACUAUUUAUCGCUCGCUGGUCACGAACUUACAAGAAAAAUAAAAUUGCUUUCUGGAACCUCAA